UACCGUCCCGGAAGUAAUCAGACUCAGGACGCGGAGGAACACGUGGGUUGCAUAGAGAUUUGCAAAGAGUUGGUGAGAUGGGUCCGGAGAACAAGAAACGGAAGAUGGGGGACUCAGGGGCACCCGGUAAUUCCCAACGAGCGCCCUGUCCGCCCAGGCUUCCUCCCCUGAUCCAGGCCGGCGGGGGAGCGGAGGAGACCGGGGGGGCCUGUGCUGUUUCGGGAUUCCUGGACUGGUGCAAGAAAAUGGGGGUGGAUCUGAACCACAAGGUAUAUAUCAGCACGUAUGGCACCGUGUCGCAGUAUGGCAUGCUGGCAGAGGACGAUCUACCUGCCGGGGAGGUUUUGUUCCGUCUUCCCAGAUCUGCUCUUCUAUCCCAAAACACAGCGAGGAUUUGCAAACUACUGGAAAGAGAACAGACGGUCCUGGACAGCACCUCUGGCUGGGUGCCCCUUCUCCUCGCACUCAUGUAUGAAGCGACAGACAGCACCUCGCCAUGGGCUCCUUACUUUGGCCUGUGGCCUGAACUGAACCCUCCGGAUCUGCCGAUGUUCUGGUCAGAGGACGAGAGGAGGCAGCUCCUGCAGGGCACCGGGGUGGCGGAAGCUGUGGAGAAAGACCUGCGCAACAUCGAACGUGAAUACGACUCCGUCGUCCUUCCUUUUAUCAGGAGACACCCAGAGACGUUCUGCGCGGAGAAGCACUCGCUGGAUCUGUACAAGAGGCUGGUGGCAUUCGUAAUGGCUUACAGUUUCCAGGAGCCGCUGGAAGGGGACGAGGACUCUGAGAACGACGUCCAUCCGCCCAUGAUGGUUCCUGUGGCCGACCUAUUAAAUCACGUGGCGCAGCACAACGCGCAGUUAGAGUUCACGCCGGAAUGCCUCCGCAUGACCACCACGCGCCCGGUCCAGGCCGGGCAGGAGCUCUUCAACACGUACGGGCAGAUGGCAAACUGGCAGCUCUUGCACAUGUACGGCUUCUCAGAGGAACAUCCACAGAACAGCAAUGAGACUGCCGAUAUUCAGAUGAAGACCCUCCGGGAGGCUGCCCUGCAAGUUGCAGGCUCAGAAGCGGAGCGAUGCCGCGUGAACGAGCGCUGGGAAUUCCUGCGCCUCAUAGAAAUGGUGGGAGAAGACAGGGCCUUCGUCUUUGGAUCCAAGGAGGUCAUGACUGAGGAGGAACUGCAAAUGUGUCUGAAGGUGCUCUGUAUGACUGCCGAGGAGUUUGAGGAGUUCAAGGAGAACGAGGGCUGGGAGGAAGAUGAUGAGGAGGAGGAAGAGCAGACAAUGACAAUACAGAUGCUAUCUAGACUGCCAGUAUGCUGGCGCAAGUUACUGCAUAUCAGUGCAACGCUCACCCUCGAAACGUACGCGACGGACCUGGGUACAGACCACUCCGCGAUAACAGAUGCUGCGGCAUAUUCCAAGCUGAGCUCCAGGGAGAAGCACGCUCUGCAGGUUCGAUACGGCCAGAAAGUCAUCUUACAGCAGAUCCUGGAGCAUACAGCCUGCUAGGAACUGUUCCAUCCGUGCUACGUGUACCUGGGGCCCGAAGCUGUGGAGCGGAGGAACGCGCCUUUCCGUGUAGUUUAUAACAUGAAAUGAGAUCCGUUUUAAAUAAACACCAAUAUAGCCAAAA